AUGGAGAUGCCGGUGUACGGUGGUGGGAUGUGGCAGACGACAGCAGCCCGGCCAUGGAGUCGAUCGGGUGUUCCUCAGGUUCGGUUCCAUCUUCUAGCUCCCCCAGUAUCCUCUUUCAGUGGAUCCAGGCACCACUCAACGCAGAUCGCGGAAUCCAUAUCGAUCUCGAGCAGGUACCUCUGUCCGCGCCUCCGUGGUCGGCCUGGUAGGGAGCGCGGCGGCCUAGCACUACCGGCGGCGGUCAGGAGCACCACGGCUUGCCCGACGCUGUGGAGCCGAAGGUCGUUCCCGGCUGGGAGUAGCCGCCGUCCGCGUCCGCUCUUCCUCCUCGCGCUGCCGAUCUCCCGCCCGGGCCUUGCCAGCUAUUGCGUUUGUCGCCUCGCCGACAACAUCAUCUCUGGUGAUUUCAACUAUGUCAUCAGCCUGCUCGCCGUGCGGAGGACGAGCGGGCGCUGGGGCCACUCGUCAGGCUCUUCUCGGCUUGCGGCUGGGAUUAGCCCCACCUCACCGGCCCCGACGAUGGCUCCUCAUCCUACUCCAGGGACCACUCUAAGGGCCGCGACGACCUGCUCCUGA